GAAGUGCGCAGGAUCGACGUCGCAGUCUAUGCUUCGCCUGUGACAUACUUGGCAGUAAUUAGAGUGCAGAGUUAGAUCGCUGUGAGGAGUGGUAGCUUCGGUGUGUAACUGUGAGUACUUUGUAUAUGUUUGACACUUACAAAUGCUACCCUUCUCGUGCGUUAACGUGAGUGGUAAAGUGCAAUAGUGAGCGAAACUUUUAAACGGAAAUAUCUGUUACACAACUCCUCCAAUCUGUGAAGUAAAAAUGAGUGAAAAUUUUGGCGGGAUAUUAUUAUCAAGUAAAGCUGAUCCGUCUGUAGUCACUGACAUUCCAGUAACCGAUCCGGGUACUAAUAUUCAUGUGGAAGGAUCAGAGUCGUUCGGAGGACAAAGGACAAAACUGGACGCAAAAUCAUCAGGUGCGCUGAAAAAGUCUAGUCGCUACCGUAGUCGUUCCUUGUCAGCGUCUUCGACGGACUCUUACAGUUCUGCUUCUUAUACAGGUAGCAGUUCAGAAGAUGAUCCUGUUUCUCCAAGAGAAAAGGUGCAGAAGAAUUCGUCAGGGGCUACAGAUUUUUGUGUGAGAAAUAUUAAACAGCAUGCUUUUGGUAGAAGAGAAAUAGAAAUUGCUGAGCAGGAGAUGCCAGGUAUUAUGGCACUGCGCAAACGGGCUAGUGACGAUAAACCCUUGAAGUCGGCAAAAAUUGUUGGUUGUACCCAUAUUAACGCACAAACUGCCGUUCUAAUUGAAACGCUAGCAGAGCUAGGUGCCCAAGUUCGAUGGGCAGCAUGCAAUAUUUAUUCAACUCAAAAUGAAGUUGCUGCUGCAUUAGCAGAAGCAGGUUUCCCAAUUUUCGCUUGGCGCGGAGAAUCGGAAGAAGAUUUUUGGUGGUGCAUAGACAAAUGCGUUAAUGCUGAGAAUUGGCAACCAAAUAUGAUCCUUGAUGAUGGAGGAGACGCCACCCACUUAAUGCUAAAGAAAUAUCCUUCCCUCUUCAAAAGCAUAAAAGGUAUUGUGGAAGAAAGUGUCACAGGAGUGCACCGCCUGUAUCAGCUGUCAAAAGCAGGAAAGUUAUCAGUGCCUGCGAUGAAUGUUAACGACUCCGUGACAAAAACGAAGUUUGACAAUUUAUAUAGUUGUAGAGAAUCUAUAAUUGACAGUCUGAAACGAUCAACAGAUAUUAUGUUCGGAGGAAAACAGGUUGUCUUAUGUGGUUAUGGUGAGGUUGGUAAAGGUUGUAGUCAAGCUCUGAAGGGCUUAGGAUGCAUUGUUUAUAUAACAGAAAUUGAUCCUAUUUGUGCUCUGCAAGCUUGCAUGGAUGGGUUUCGCGUAGUCAAAUUAAACGAGGUUAUACGCACUGUCGAUAUAGUGAUAACUGCCACAGGCAAUAAAAAUGUUGUAACGCGCGAGUAUAUGGACAAAAUGAAAAACGGUUGCAUUGUGUGUAACAUGGGACAUUCAAACACGGAAAUUGAUGUGAAUAGUCUGCGUACUCCUGAUCUGACUUGGGAGAAGGUUAGUUCCCAAGUAGACCAUGUUAUAUGGCCAGAUGGAAAAAGGAUUGUUCUCCUUGCAGAAGGACGCCUUGUCAAUCUCAGCUGCUCAAGUCUUCCGUCUUUUGUUGUGUCUAUCACCUCAGCAACGCAAGCUCUUGCACUUAUUGAGUUGUUUAAUGCACCUCAUGGUCGUUAUAAGUCUGAUGUGUACCUCUUGCCAAAGAAGAUGGAUGAGUAUGUAGCAAGUUUACAUCUCCCUACAUUUGAUGCUCAUCUAACAGAACUUUCUGAUGAACAGGCCAAAUACAUGGGCCUUAACAAGGCAGGGCCGUUCAAGCCGAACUAUUAUCGCUACUGAGUUAAAGAUAUUUAGAAAAGAUUUUCCUGUUUUUCACCACAGGUCACAUGUUAUUCAUGGUCCAUUCUGAUGUAUGCCAUACUUGGAGCAAAAUUUCUUCAGCCUCACAAUGUUUACAUUAAGUCAUUACACGUACCAUAUUUCCAAGGUGUUCAUGGAACUUUUUUUAUAUUUCAUGUGUUAACUGGUACUUUCUGUAAGAAAGAUCUAUGUGGAUGUAUUUUCGUUGAGACUGAAGAAAUUUUCAAGCUGACCUUCUUUCUACCAUGAAUGUUCUCCACCCCUCUCUUUUUCUCUUGCUUUCUUUUUUCGCAUCAGGAAUGAUAUAAUGUUUGCAAAUGUUGGCUGCUACUGAAGUAAUUAUUUUAAUGUUUUGACUCUGUUUAAUAGACAUCAGUAUUGUGUUAAGCAUUCAUUAUUAGACUGAGGAUAAAAACUAAAAUAUCUGGUAGCAAGUGAAAUGAAAUUGCCCCCAACUUUGUUACAUACUUGACUGUAAGUUAUAUUGUUAUUGAUUCUCACUGUAUGUACCUGGACUCAAUCAUAGUCCAUCAUUCAUCAUUGCAAAUUUAGGGAUUACAGUAACCAAAGCAAUUUAGUCGUUCAUUUGUGAUACUAGCUGGAAGUGUUUCAUAAGCUAAGCUGCUUGAAACCAAAUUGAACGAAGAAAUUGGCUAGGAGUUACGUAGUAGCUCCCUUUGCAUUUUUCAUUGUUUAAAUAUAUAU